AAGCAGUUGCGGAGGCAGGUCAGAUGAAUGAGAGAGAAACCACGGAGAGAGAGAGAGAGGAGCUUAGAGACUGAGACGCCACUCAGAAUGAGCCUAUGAGGAGAGAGAGAGGUCGAGCGUAUGCAAGAGCAGGCACAGGAAAGAUAAAGAACGGCAAAGUUAGUCAGGGAUGGCCUAGCUCUCCAGGGCGCUUAUUUGGUCAGAAGCAUUGGGGCGAGCAUUUGAGUAGGGGGAUACUGCUUGUGUUAUUUUUGUAGAUUAUGAGCAGUUUGGAUGAUUUUGUGGCUGUCUGAGACUCAGGUGCUAAUAGAGAGACAGGUGAGAAGAAAGAGGGAGACCUAGGCUUAGAACAUAGACGAAGAGAGGGACUAGCUGUGUGGGUGAACCAGUAUGACCGAACCUAGGGUGUGAUCAAGGUGUGAAUUCGGUCAGUGACGUGUGUCGUGUGCGUGUGGACAGGUCCUCCAGUUUGGUUCUGGACCCUGACUGGCAGUUGCUGCUACUGUGCAGGUAUGGAUUCCUCCACACUACUGAGCUUGGUGGGUGCAGCACUUGUUCUGUCAAUCAUCUUGCUGGCCAGCAUUUGCCUACACUGCAAAGGAAACAGCCAAUCAAAAUACAUAUCGCAGGACUAUCAACAGUCCAGUCACGGGAACCAUGGAUUCGCACUUGUACGCUCAUAUACAGAGAAUCCUUUGCCCAAUACCCUCCCUACUCAAAAUUCUUUACCGAUUAUUACUUCUCCAAUGGCUGAUCCCAGGCGGAGCUCUGCUUGCCCUUCCUUUGAUUGUGAAAGUGAGAUUGAUUAUGUGAACCAAGAAGAUAACAAUGAGGAUCCUGGAAAUGGCUAUGAGGCUCCCCCUGACAAGAACCAAGACUAUCCUGACUAUCUGGACGUGUUACCAGAUGACCCACACGUGUCACAGAACAGUCUCGCCUCUUCUGCAAAUUCAGGACAAAAUUAUGAGAAUGUGAAUGAAGACACUGGAAUUGAUGAUGAUGAUGAUGAUUCAGACAGUCAACAGUAUAUCAAUGUAGCCCCGGAGAACACAGGAAGUCGCUUAGGAAGCUUUCAAACGCCAAUUGGAUCCCUUGGGAGUUGCAGCAGUGAUGGCCAGGGCAGCUCAGACUAUGUAAACGCUCCUAACCAAGAGUUCUGGGCUGAUCCACAUGUCUUGAUUUAAAACAGCCAACAAAGGUCAAGAUGAAAUUUGAAUCGCCACCCAGAGAUCGAUCACACAGACAGGAGUUUUAUAAUAUAUUUGAUAAGCAACGUUGUAGAGUUGCCAUUUUGUGUUUACCACACAUUUUAAACAUCAUGCAUUCUGGACUGAAUAAACAUCACAUCCGAGAAGGAAAUCCAGACUCUUUAUUACAUUUUACCGUCAUUUCCUGUUUACAGGAUUUGCUGACAAUAACCUGAGAAUAUUCCUUUUUAAAUGACAUUUUCCUUUAUUUUUAACAUCAUGUACAAUUUCUGGCUUUUCUUUUUCUAUAAUUUCAGCUGUUGUUCGUUGGCCGUUGUAUGUAAAAUAGUGCUUUCCUGCUCUGCAGCUGUUUAUUUGUUUGUAUGAUACUGAAAUAAACGACAC